GGUUUCCAGCUGAGUGCUUGCUCUCUCACAGUGUGUGUGUGUGUGUUGUCAUUAUUAUCCACUCUGCUCCCAGCUCAGAAUGGCCAGAUUCACUCAGACUGAAACAAGAAGGCAGCACCAUCCACAGCAGCCCCAGCCCGCUCACUCCAGCCUGGUUUUCACCGGACCGGGGGCACCGCCGACCCAACAACCACUACUACUUAUCCCACAUCAGCACCAGUACCCUCAGAUCACAUUUCCGAAACCCAUGAACGGGUCAGAACCCAUUUCAAUUCAUCCGGAGAGCGGCAACAUGAAAGACCAAGAUGCCAUUAAGCUGUUUAUCGGGCAGAUACCGCGGAACUUGGAAGAAAAAGACCUGAAACCCCUGUUUGAACAGUUUGGGAAAAUCCACGAACUGACAGUUCUCAAGGACCGAUACACCGGCAUGCACAAAGGUUGUGCAUUCCUCACCUACUGCGCCCGAGAGUCGGCCAUCAAAGCCCAGAAUGCCCUCCAUGAACAGAAAACACUGCCAGGGAUGACUCGCCCCAUCCAGGUGAAACCAGCUGACAGCGAGAGCCGUGGAGAAGACAGGAAGUUGUUUGUCGGGAUGCUGAACAAACAACAGACCGAAGAGGAUGUUUACCGCCUCUUCGAACCCUACGGAGUCAUUGAGGAGUGCACAGUCCUAAGAGGUCCUGACGGAAACAGCAAAGGUUGCGCCUUCGUCAAGUUCUCCACACAUACUGAGGCUCAGUCUGCAAUCAGUGCCCUCCACGGCAGCCAGACCAUGCCAGGUGCUUCCUCCAGCUUGGUGGUCAAGUUUGCCGACACAGACAAGGAGCGCACCAUCAGACGUAUGCAGCAGAUGGUUGGGCAGUUUGGCAUCUUCAACCCAGCCAUCGCUCUUCCCUUCAGCACCUACAGCUCUUACGCACAUGCGCUCAUGCAGCAGCAGGCAGCCAUCAUGGCAGCAAGCCACGGAGGUUACCUCACACCUAGCGUGGCUUUCCCCGCCACACAGAUCCACCAGAUGGGGGCGCUCAACAUCAACAGCCUCCCACCCACCCCCAUGACCCCGGUGUCGGGUGAGUUUCAUCAAACCCUGGCAGGCCUCAGUUCUCCACCAGCCAACAUCACCACCUCCGCCGUGCCCAGCAUCGUCACGCCCAUCGUCAACGGAUUCACCGGCAUCCCUCAUCAGCCCAACGGACACCCUGCCGUGGAGACCGUGUACACCAAUGGCCUGCCGCCCUACUCCACCCAGAGCCCCACCGCUGCGGACACCCUCCAGCAAGCCUUCACUGGAGUACAGCAAUACACAGCGAUCUACCCAGCCACCACGCUGACUCCCAUUGGUCAGACACUGCCCCAACCACCCCAGGUCAUCCAGCAGCAGCAGCAGAGAGAAGGUGAGGGCCCAGAGGGCUGUAACCUGUUCAUCUACCACCUGCCACAGGAGUUUGGAGACAAUGAACUCAUGCAGAUGUUUUUGCCCUUCGGCACUGUCAUCUCUUCUAAGGUCUUCAUGGACCGGGCAACCAACCAGAGCAAGUGCUUCGGCUUCGUGAGCUUCGACAACCCUGCUAGUGCACAGGCAGCUAUCCAAGCCAUGAAUGGCUUUCAGAUUGGGAUGAAGAGGUUGAAAGUCCAGCUAAAGAGACCGAAGGAUGCCAGCCGCCCUUACUGACACAGCCUACCUUCAGUAUUCAUUGCAGCAGCACAGGUUUUAGAGGACACGUGAAGAUAUCUCGGAGGAGUUAAACUUUUUUUCUUUGAAAGCAAAAUAUGUUUUAAAAAAAUCAACACAUAAGGAAUUUUUGAAGACAUAUCAGCAUUUACUUAUGAAGAUAUAGGUUACGGCAGAGAAAGAAGAAGCGAAAGAGGAGGUGGCGCUUCACCGGGGGACUUAACAGUAACAGAUGGCACAGUGCAAGAAAGACAAAAAGAGAAAAAAAAAGAAACUGACAAAAGAUGUGAUGAGACUGAACAACAGAACUUUUUCUUGUUGAGACUUGAAUUGUUAAUUAAGCAACAAACUAACAAACAAAAAAGCAGCAACAACAAAUAGAUUUCUAUAUACAUAUUAUAUACACAUAUAUAUAAGGAAAGAGGCGCUUGUGGCUUUUACUGUACUGGACAAAUGAGGGUUAAAACUUGAAGAUCAAGAAAAGCAGUGGAAAAAAAGAAGCUAUUCUAUACGUCCACUGACAGACUUUCAUUCUCUUUCCCUCUUUCUCUUAUUCUCUCACCGUCUCUCUCAGCAAGCGCAGAACUAUGACUCUUGGAGGUCACUGAGGUUUCCAUUAGCAACAGUAGAACUGCAAAUCUUUCACCCCUAAGGGACCAAAGGACCAAACAUUUUUAUUGUUCUGAACAGUAAUAUAUAGUAUUAAUGAUACUAAUACUACAAACUACUACUAAUAAUAUUACAAGUUAAACUUAAGAAGAAAUACUAGCUUCAGGUUGAAAAAAAAGAGGAAAGGGGUUUUGGUUUCUUUUCCUUUUACAUUUAUAGCUACUGGGUUUGAGAAUAUUAAAGCAAAACAGAAAAAAAAAUGUAUAAAAAAAUAAAGCUAUACUAUUUUAGUGGCGUAGAAUAUGUGGGUUAGACAUUGUUUCGAGCAUGUUCAGAUAUGUUCUUUUGCCACUCAUUGCUCCAUCUUAUCUCAGUAUUUCAUCUCGGAGGUGUGAUCUUUUGGUGUUAUUGUGUCGGAAGAAGAAGAAAACAAGUCCUGUAGUGCCAAAAGUGACAUAAUAACAGCCUCGCCAAGCAAACAUCACAGAUCUGCGGCGUAUUUAGCCAUGUAGUGCUGUCCUCUGUUCUUGUCAGCACAUUGCAAUUCCAUAAUUGAAACAAGAGUCAUUCUGUGUCAUCAUUAAAACCUUGAUAUUACAGAUAAUCUGACCAUAAAGCACUGUGGUAAAAGUGCCACCCGGCUGAGCUGGAUACGCAGCAGUAAAACAGCACAGCAUCUGUAACUGCUUAAUAAAAUAUACAAAUGAGCCUGACAGCAGUUGUAAAAAUUUCCAUCGGCGUGUCACAGUGGUCCCUGCCAGGUCGUGCCCUCUCCCGCUGCCAAGCUCCUCCAGCUGCUCUCAGCAGGCGAGAGCAGACUCCCCUCCUCUUUCUCCUCCCCCCUCUCUCUCUCCCUCUCUCCUCACCUCCAAGUGCCAGCAUAUCUCUCUCUUAAUAGGGACCAUCAGUUCACGGGGGCCCGAGAGCUAACCCACGGCAUAAUUAGGAUAAUGAUAAUAUUGAUCAGAUGGAGAGCAGCACCGUGGGGCAAGAGAUGCACAAUCAAUUACACAUUGGCAUUUUGAAUGAAUUGACUAAGUGACAGAGUUCAUUUUUCUCUCAGUGGCUGGAUGGGAGUCCUUUCUCUCUCUUACUAUCAUCCAUAGUCUCAGAGGGGACCCCAAACCUGACAGAGGCAGCAUGUCCUGUGGGACAUGUUGACGGCACUUAAAUCUACAUCAUUAUCGCAAAGAAACUAGAAGGUUCAGAGGUUUAGGCUGCAACAGAAUCUGUACAUAGAGUUUAGAGUAGAUUGUACAAGUUCUUCAGUGAAGAGCAGCUGUAUUUUUUUUUUUUCCAAAGGGUAUAAUAGCACAGUAAGAGCUUGUACACGGUGAGGAACAGCCUGGCAUUACCAGCCUUAGGAGGUCAAAUUAAGAGCAAAAUGAUCCAUCAAUUAGACAGCAGCAGGCCUGUAAGUGUGGCUGCUACAGCUGCUGCUGCUUCAACAAGAUGACAGCUUACCAUUAGCGCCGGUCACACAUGGCUCCUAUACAGUGUGGUCACGACACAUCACGCCGUAUCAGAUAUGACUAAUUAACUAAAUUUGCUUCAUCUGUGGUGAUGCUUUUUUACAAAAAGACACAGGACAUCCGAGAUGAAAUCUGCUUUUCACAAGUUAUUUGCUUUUCCUGAUUCAUCCCUUUUUGUUUAAAUAAUAUAUAAAUAUAUCCAUUUUAGUAUCAGAUUUGUUCAGUUUACAUUCUCUCAGUUGUCUUUUAAUUUGGAUUUUUUUUUCAGCAAGCCGUUCAUGUGUUCAGUUGGCUCUCUGAAGCAGCUUGCCCCUCAGGACUCUGUGAGACCUCAGCGCUCUGAUCAUCGCUCUAAACUUUAGACACAUCAGUGCUUCAGUCAUCAAAUCACAGUGUUGUCUCUAUGGGCCCAUCCACACAAGUAGAGUCUUCAGAAAAAAGGACUACUAUGCCUCUGUAGUCUGGUACAACAAUUGUUAUCAGCAGAAUGACUGCCCAGGUCCUGAUGACUGUAUCCUUUCUUUUGUUUUUACUGUGGCUCAGCCAUUCCUUUUUAUUUUUCUGCUCCACUGGAUCAGUAUUAUUAGAGAGGGGAUGUUGCAUUUAUUAGUAGACCUUUCACAAAUGUUACCCUCAUUCACUGUAUAUUGUUCUGUUGCAGGAAAAACUUAGAUGGUGUAAGAAGGAAGUCUUUGAAAAUGCCUUUUCUCAUCUUGAAUUGCCAAAUUAUGCAAGCAUAUCCACUGCAUCUCCUCAUCAGACUUUAAAUGUGCCAGAUUCCUUGAUAUUUUAUGAUAACGUAUUAUAAAUGUGUUACUUUCAGGAAAUGUUCAUUAGUAGAAUGAAAUAUUUGAUUUUGUGAUAUCGUAUAACAGUGUAGGCAGGGGGGGUCAGUUCAGGCUGUUAUGAUAUACAAUAGGUACAAUAGGCUUUUCCAGUGAAAAGGGUAGAUUUCAUAUAUAUUUGCCAGACGACAGCUUUUUUCCCCCCUGGUGAGUUACUGUUAGUUUCCUCUCUCCUGUCAGGGCCCAGCAGCUUUAGGAAGCUGUGAUAUAUGCCCUCUUUUCCCCGGGCCAUACAGGGCCUUAUAAACCCGCUCAAAAAUCUUUUCUUAUGGGAUUUCUACUGGAGAGUUUUUUAAAUUAUUAAAAUCAAAUUAAAUUUGGCCUUCACAACAGCUUGGGUAAUGCAAAUUAAAGAUGCCAGCUGUGGCUGAAAUUUAAUGAGUUUGAAAAGAUGUUGAGUUAAUUUCAUUCUGCCAAGAAAAAAAAAAAAAGAAAGUUGAUUGAGCGCAAUUAAAACACUGAAGGUUUGUGGAUGGGGACAGUUUCCAACCUGAUUGAGUUUACAGUUGUGUAUGUAGUGCAUAAGCCUGGAUAUACAUAUCUGCUAUAUGAUUCAGAAAAAAGGAAGGAAAGUAAUGAAAAGACUAAAAUCCAGGAAAUGAAGUGAGUUGUUUAACUUUCAUGAAUCGUCAGAACUGAAACGGCAGUAAUGAUUCCAUUAGUGUUUUACAUAAGCUGCAUGUGGUCGAGCUGAAGUUUAACUCUUACAUUGUUUUCACUCUUGCAUCUGUUUUUAUCAUUUUUUUUUAAAUAUUUGUCAUCCUACCAUGGUGCCCUUUCAAUCUCUGAGCAUGCUCAAUGGGGGGCAGGGAGGGUCAAAGAUUAUGAUUAUGGUACUACUCGUAUUAACAAUAUGAUUCUUUAACUAUGGUUUGAAUGCUAAGGAUAGUAGCUUAUUAUAAAUAUGAAAUCUGUAUAUUAUGGAAAAUCAGCACAGGACCUUUCUUUGGGUAAAUAUAGGUUAGAGUUUGAAAUGGAGGGGGGGAGGGGGGAGGGUUUCGCUUUAUAAAGAUCUUAACUUUCUGGUUUCUCAGCACAAAGCAUACAAAAACAUAUAAACAGCAGUAUGGAGUCUGUGAAGUAGACUUUACUGACAUACAGGGCGCAAAAAGAGGAAUCUCAGUACUAUUCUUUAAACCUGGAGGAGAAAAUGCUGUUUACAGGUUGUAUUGUUUUUCUUUCUUUUUUCUUUUUAAAGGAGAGCGCCACCUGUUUUUGUGGCAGCGUCAGUACAGCAUGGAUUAACUGACAGGGAAAGCAGUAUCUUUUUAUAAAAAAGAAAAACUAAAAAAAAAAACUAAAAAAAAACUAUGUGUUCUGUAUUAGCCUGAGAAACCAAACUUUUUUCCCCCUGUUGAAAUUUCUUAAUACUUGCUGCUUAGAUUACUUCAUAUUAAUGAUUAAUGAUUUAAUAAUUUUAUAUUUAAUUAUCGGCUCAAGUAUGUAACUUGAUGUUUAUUUAUUUAUUUAUUUAUUAUUUUUAUUUAUUUAUUUAUUAUUUAUUUAUUUAGCCAGUUUUUUUUUUUUUCUUUUAUGGUUAUGGUAAGAUAAAGAUAUGUAUCAAAAGAAAUGCUUAUUGGGGCUUUUCUCUCUUUCUCUCCUUUUUUUCCAAUUUUACAAUAAAAAUUCAAACUGGA